CGGGGGCCGGGGCAGAGCAGCUGGGGUAUUUAAGGGAGGGUGUGGCGUCUGAUGUCUCAAACUUGUGAGAAGAGAAAACUAAGGACGUUGUGUCUUCACCAGAACCCGGACUGAGACGACGCAGGAUAAGAGACCGGAACAACGUGGGACACUGACAUGAUGUCACAGCACGCCGCCUUCACCAGUCUGUUCGCCGACGACCCCUUCUUCAGCCAGGACCGGCUGCUGUGGCCCCUCAAUCUCGGGCCCCUGUCCUCCCUGCAGCAGGAUUUCUUCAACCGCAGGUCCAAACUGGCCGACAGCCUCCUGAGAGAGCUCCACGACGAGCAGCCCCUCCUCACCCUCCGCCCGCUGCCCCUGCUCUCCUCCACCCUGACGGGACUAACGGCUGGUGAAGAGCAGCAGAGGGAAACCCCCGGCACGGAGCUGCAGAAGCCCACCCAGCAGACCACCGAGAACAACGGCGACCUCCUGGUGACGCUGGACGCUCGCGGUUAUGCCCCCAGCGACAUCACCGUCAAAGUGGAGGGUCGCAGCCUGGCCGUGGUGGUGAUGAAGCAGGCGGCCGCGGAGGAGAGUGAGACCUGCUCCUCCUCCUCCACCCGCGCCGCCUUCUGCUCCUCUGCCUCGUCUAAGACGGGCUUCGUCCAGAAGAUCGACCUCCCCCCUCACCUGGAUCUUUCCGGCCUCAGCUGUAAACUGAUGGAUGACGGACAGCUGCGGAUCCACGCCCCCGUGGCCAAGCCGGCGAUCAAGGGGGAGGAGCAGGAGGCACCGGUGAGGUUCAGGUCAUCACUGGAGUUUCCCAUCAAGAAAGAGAAGACGGAGGAGCACACAGACUGAACACACACACAGACCCCCCCACAGCCACACACUCACUGUGUGAAUGAAAACACAGACCUCCACUGAAAGACUGUCGACGAGUGACGUUUACAUUUACUUAAGAAAGUCAGUAUGUUUUUGUAAUUAGCUUUGAUUUGUAUAAAAUUGUGAAAGUAAAUAAAGAAUGUUCCAUUUUCAGAAACAAGUGCU